GCUGGCGUCUUCAGCGGGCGCGCGCAGAGACAGCCAUAUUUGAGCAGAUCGGGAUCGCAGCGCAGUGGCCCGCGCGUUGUAUAUCGCUCGCGUCAAUUGGAUCACACGCGCGUUUAACGGACACACACGACGCGGAGAUGCCUCGCGGAACACGCGUCUAGGUCGACCGCAUGACGUCCUUCGGCCCCGCGCUGGAGUCCUCGCGCGAAAUGGAGGUGCAGAGCGUCAGCAGCGAGGUGAAUGGGCAUCAGAUGAUGGAUGAGCCGAUGGAGGAGGACUCCUACACACACUGUGACGAGGGCUCUUAUCAGGAGAUCCCCAUCACUCAUCAUGUGAAGGAGGGCUGUGAGAAGGCCGAGCCCAGCCAGUUUGAGCUGCUCAAGGUUUUGGGACAAGGCUCGUUUGGGAAGGUGUUUUUGGUACGGAAGUUGAUGGGUCCCGAUGCCGGUCAGCUUUAUGCAAUGAAGGUGCUCAAGAAGGCAUCUUUAAAAGUGAGGGACAGAGUUCGCACCAAGAUGGAGAGGGAUAUUCUGGUGGAGGUCAAUCAUCCGUUCAUUGUGAAGUUGCACUAUGCCUUUCAGACAGAAGGGAAACUCUAUUUAAUUCUGGAUUUUCUCAGGGGUGGGGAUGUAUUUACUCGUUUAUCCAAAGAGGUUAUGUUUACAGAGGAGGAUGUGAAAUUCUACCUUGCAGAGCUGGCCCUUGCAUUGGAUCAUCUACACAACCUAGGCAUUGUUUACAGAGACCUGAAGCCUGAAAACAUUUUGCUUGAUGAAGCUGGACAUAUCAAGUUAACAGACUUUGGGCUCAGUAAAGAAUCGGUAGAUCAGGACAAAAAAGCGUACUCGUUCUGUGGCACUGUGGAGUAUAUGGCCCCUGAGGUGGUCAACAGAAGAGGUCACACGCAGAGCGCUGACUGGUGGUCUCUCGGCGUCUUAAUGUUUGAAAUGCUGACCGGCACAUUACCGUUCCAAGGAAAAGACAGGAACGAGACUAUGAACAUGAUUCUUAAAGCAAAGCUGGGAAUGCCACAGUUUCUAAGUCUGGAAGCACAAAGUCUUUUACGAAUGCUCUUCAAAAGAAAUCCAUCAAACCGUUUAGGAGCCGGUCCUGACGGGGUGGAGGAGAUCAAACGACACGCGUUCUUCUCCACCAUCGACUGGAACAAACUGUACCGAAGAGAACUUCAGCCUCCAUUCAAACCUGCUGCAGGGAGACCAGACGACACCUUCUGCUUCGACCCAGAAUUCACAGCCAAAACUCCCAAAGAUUCUCCAGGUAUUCCUCCCAGUGCAAACGCUCACCAGCUCUUCAAAGGCUUCAGUUUUGUAGCUCCAGUCUCUCUGGAGGAAAGCAGAAGUGCCCCACUGGUCAACAUUCUCCCCAUAGUGCAGAUGCACGGGGGCUCGGCUCAGUUUGCAGACGUGUACGAGCUGAAGGAGGACAUCGGCGUGGGUUCCUACUCCAUUUGUAAGCGCUGCAUACACCGUGUCACCUGCAUGGAGUUUGCUGUGAAGAUCAUUGAUAAGAGCAAGCGUGACCCGUCGGAGGAGAUCGAGAUCCUGAUGAGAUACGGCCAGCAUCCCAACAUCAUCACGCUGAAGGACGUGUACGACGAGGGCCGCUUCGUGUAUCUGGUGACGGAGCUGAUGAAGGGCGGCGAGCUGCUGGAUAAGAUCCUCAGGCAGAAGUUCUUCUCGGAGCGAGAGGCCAGCGCUGUGCUCUUCACAAUCACCAAAACUGUGGACUACCUGCACUGUCAGGGGGUGGUGCACAGGGACCUGAAGCCCAGUAACAUCCUGUACAUGGACGAUUCAGGAAACCCCGACUCCAUCCGCAUCUGUGACUUCGGCUUCGCCAAGCAGCUGCGAGGAGACAACGGGCUGCUGCUGACUCCCUGCUACACGGCUAACUUCGUGGCUCCUGAGGUGCUGAUGAGGCAGGGCUACGACGCCGCCUGUGACAUCUGGAGUCUGGGAGUGCUGCUCUACACCAUGCUGGCGGGGUACACACCGUUCGCCAACGGCCCCAACGACACGCCGGAGGAGAUUCUGCUGCGCAUCGGCAGUGGGAAGUUCUCCCUGAGCGGAGGAAACUGGGACUCGGUGUCCGACUCCUCCAAGGAUCUGCUGUCUCACAUGCUGCACGUGGACCCUCACCAGAGAUACUCCGCUGAACAGGUGCUCAAGCACUCGUGGAUCGCCCUCCGUGACCAGAACCCACACUUCCAGCUCACACGCCACGAGGCGCCUCACCUGGUCAAGGGAGCGAUGGCUGCCACGUACUCGGCUCUGAACCACAAGACGUGUAAGCCGGUUCUGGAGCCGGUGGCCGCCUCUGGUCUGGCCCAGCGCAGGAACAUGAAGAAGCUGACCUCUACAGACAUGUCCUGAGGAGCUCCGUGUUUCCUCUACACUUCCUGUACUCUUCAGGAGCGCCCCUCUGCUUCUCUCGGGUGGAGGGAACAACACCAGCUCCAUCUCUCCAUCCCGCUUCACACCCAGGGCUCCUGGAGAAACCUCCAGCUCAUACAGAUUGUGCCGCAAGCCUGUUUGUAGGACCGUUAAGAACAUUUUGUGACAAUCAAGCCCUUUUUCCUGUUAAUUUCAGGUUUUAUCUUGACUAUAUGCUCUAAUAUAUGCUACAGGAAACACAACCUUCCCCCAUGUCUUCCUUCUUUCUUCAGUCGCAUAUAGUAGUGUUUUGUUUUUGUUUUUUGAGGAAAACAUUCCAGGAUUUUCUCCAUAUAGUGGUCU